GACACACAAGCAGGAAUAUCUCAGAAGGACAUCUAAUGUUAUCCCCGGAUUGUGACAUAAAAGAUAAUGACAGUAGACAGGAUUCUCCAGGAGAUAAUCCCAUUACCCCAAUUAUACAUCCAGCUCUAUCAGCUGAUCCCUCUGAUCCUGGGGAAUGUUCUCCUGAUCACUCUGAUAUUGGAGCAUCUGUUACAGCUCUGAGAGUAGAUACAGUGUUUCCCUGUUCUAUAGAUGCCAAAUGUUUUACACAGAACACAAAGCCUAUUACCCAUCAGCCAGCUAAGGCAGCUAAGAUGCCAUUUCCAUGUUCUGAGUGUGGAAAAUGUUUUACAUACAAUUCAGCUCUUGUUAUACAUCAGAGAAGACACACAGGUGAGAGGCCAUUUUCUUGCUCUGCGUGCGGGAAAUGUUUUACCCGGAACUCACAACUUGUUACACAUCAGCGAAGUCACACAGGUGAGAAUCCAUUUCCAUGUUCUGAGUGCGGGAACUGUUUUACAUACAAAUCACUUCUAAUACAUAAGAGAAUACAUACAAGUGAGAAACCAUAUUCCAGUUCUGAGUGUGGGAAUUGUUUUACAUACAAAUCAACUCUUGAUGCACAUAAGAGAAGUCACACAGGUACAUCACCAUUUCCAUGUUCUGAGUGUGGGAAACAUUUUGCACAGAAAUCACAACUUGCUAGACAUCAGAGAAGUCACACAGGUGAGAGGCCAUUUCCAUGUUCUGACUGUGGAAAAUGUUUUAUCUGGAAAUCACAACUUGUUAGACAUCAGCUAAGUCACACAGGUGAGAAGCCAUUUCCAUGUUCUGAGUGUGGAAAAUGUUUUGCCCGGAAAUCACAACUUGUUAGACAUCAGCUAAGUCACACAGGUGAGAGGCCAUUUUCUUGCUCUGAGUGUGGGAAAUUUUUUACACAGAAAUCAUAUCUUGUUAUACAUCACAGAAGUCACACAGGUGAGAAGCCAUUUCCAUGUUCUGAGUGUGGGAAAUGUUUUGCAGACAAAAUAGAGCUUGUUAGACAUCAGAGAAGUCACACAGGUGAGAAGCCAUUUUCUUGCUCUGAGUGUGAGAAAUGUUUUUCACGGAAAUCACAACUUGUUAGACAUCAGCUAAGUCACACAGGUGAGAGGCCAUUUCCAUGUUCUGAGUGUGGGAAAUGUUUUGACCGGAAAUCAGAUCUUGUUAAACAUCAGAGAAGUCACACAGGUGAGAAGCCAUUUUCUUGCUCUGAGUGUGGAAAAUGUUUUACACAGAAAUCACAUCUUGUUAUACAUCACAGAAGUCACACAGGUGAGAAGCCAUUUCCAUGUUCUGAGUGUGGGAAAUGUUUUGCAGACAAACCAGAUCUUGUUAGACAUCAGAGAAGUCACACAGGUGAGAAGCUAUUUUCUUGCUCUGAGUGUGGGAAAUGUUUUGCCCGGAAAUCACAACUUGUUAGACAUCAGCUAAGUCACACAGGUGAGAAACCAUUUCCAUGUUCUGAGUGUGGGAAAUGUUUUGCACACAAAUCAGAUCUUGUUAUACAUCACAGAAGUCACACAGGUGAGAAGCCAUUUCCAUGUUCUGAGUGUGGGAAAUGUUUUAGACAGAAAUCACAUCUUGUUACACACCAGAGAAGUCACACAGGUGAGAAGCAAUUUUAAACUUCUGGAGUAUACUUAUUAUUGCCAUGCAUUGUUCUUCAAGGUUCUUAUCCUAUGUCCUGUGCUUUUUGCAAUAUACAUGCUACCACUGGGUGAAAUAAUCAGAUGUCAUGUCCUCAUCUACCACUGCUAUACAGAUGAUCUGUCUUUUGUUCUGGGUACUGAGAACCCAGUACCAAUCCUAAAUGCCUCGCUGAGCUCCAGGUGUGGGUCAUGCCAGUUGGCUGUGACUCAAUCCUGGUGAAACAUGUCCUUAUGUCCCAGCACACUAGAAAAAGGAUUGCUAAUUAGCAGCAUCUGCUAUCCUUACUGUAGGCCCCUAUUACAUAAUCUUACUGACUCUCCCAGCCCUACAUGACCAGGGUCCAUGUACCAGAAGCAGCUUCUGCCUCCUUACUGACUUACUGUAGACCCCUAUUACAUAAUCUUACUGACUCCCAGCCCUACAUGACCAGGGUCCAUGUACCAAAAGCAGCUUCUGCCUCCUUACUGACUUACUGUAGGCCACUAUUACAUAAUCUUACUGACUCUUCCAGCCCUACAUGACCUGGGUCCAUGUACUGGAAGCAGCUUCUGCCUCCUUACUGACUUACUGUAGGCCCCUAUUACACAAUCUUACUGACUCCCAGCCCUACAUGACCAGGGUCCAUGUUCCAGAAGCAGCUUCUGCCUCCUUACUGACUUACUGUAGGGUCCUAUUACAGAAUCUUACUGACUCCCAGCCCUACAUGUCCAGGAUCCAUGUACCAGAAGCAGCUUCUGCCUCCUUACUGACUUACUGUAGGCCCCUAUUACAGAAUCUUACUGACUCUCCCAGCCCUACAUGACCAGGGUCCAUGUACCAGAAGCAGCUUCUGCCUCCUUACUGACUUACUGUAGGGUCCUAUUACAGAAUCUUACUGAAUCUCCCAGCCCUACAUGACCAGGGUCCAUGUACCAGAAGCAGCUUCUCCCUUCUUACUGACUUACUGUAGGCCCCUAUUACAUAAUCUUACUGACUCUCCCAGCCCUACAUGACCAGGGUCCAUGUACCAGAAGCAGCUUCUGCUUCCUUACUGCCCUGGUUACUUCCGUCUGUUGAUGAAGAACUGCUAGUACCAUAAAUCCCCAACUAGUGCUUGGAUGUCAGGGAGACAGGUGGGUGGUAGUGGGGAGAGUCAGGGCGGUGGCACUAGUAGGGGAGAGAUGGUGGGUGGCAGUAGUGGAAUGAGAGGGUGGUGGCAGUAGUGGAAGGAGAUGGUGGGUGGCAGUUGUGGAAGGAGAAAGGAUGGGUGGCAGUAGUGGGGGGGUGACAGGGCGGUGGCAGUAGUGGGAGGAGACAGGGUGCGUGACAGUAGUG